AUGGGAAUCCAGGGAGGUGUUGGAAAUUGUGGAUUAGUGCAGUGGGUAGAUGAGCAUUGGUCAGAGCAUCUGCAGAAUGCUAUUCAUAAGUUGUGGCUUAUGUAUGAGCAUAGCCAAGAUGAUAACAAGAUGGCAUGCCUGGAGCAUUCAAGCACUGUACACAAUCUCACACAGCAGAAAAAAGAGUUGCAGGAGACAUAUGAGAAGCUUGUUGAAGAUGUGAACAACCUCUUGGAUUAUAAGGAUAGCCAGCCUGAGGUAAACCAGAAGAAUGAUGCUGAGAACAUUUCAGUUAGUGUGGAAAGCAGCAUGACAAAGGAUGCUGAGAUCAAAAAAUUAAAGGCUGUUGUUGACCAGUUAAAGCAAAUUCAUGUAGCUCAAGCCACUGUCAUUAGGAAUUUGAAGUUCAACCAUCUUAAAGAGAAGGAAAAGUUGACCUCUGAUAAGAGGACUUUGGAGAUUUGCUAUGCUGACCUGAAGAAAGAGAAGGACCUGAAGAAAGAGAAGGAUAAGCUGGAUUGUUGCAUUGCUGAGCUGAUGAAAGUGAAGGAGAAGUUGACCAUGGAGAAGAGUACUCUUGCUUCCUGCAUUGUUGAGCUCAAGACAGCAGCUGAUAGCAACAAGAGGAAGCUUGACCAGAUUAAGGCUAUUUGUGAUGAGGACUAA